UAAAGAAUGCCAUGAUAAACAUUUUUGUUCUUUCACGUUUGUCCUCAGAACUGAUUGUUUCUUCACGAUAGGAAGUUACCAAAUCAAAGUGUGUUCUGUGGAGCUGUAGAUAACUUUUUUUUCUGUUGCUGGUUAUCAGAGGUGAAAAAUUAAAAACAGGUUUUUGUCUCUUUAGAAAUACCUCCUUGUUUAUGGAAAACAAGGUUAUCUUUUUAUCCAAAAAGAUGAAACCAGCUGGGUUACUUUCGAAAGACAACCAACCAAGCACCACAGACUAAUGAGUAGACUCAAUAAGAACGUGAUUCUGGCGCUUUUAACUUUGACGAGUUCUGCGUUUCUGCUGUUUCAGUUGUACUACUACAAGCACUAUUUAUCAGCAAAGAAUGGAGCUGAUUUAUCAAAAUCCAAAGGAAGCCGAAUUGGAUUUGAGAGCAUACAAUGGCGUGCAGUUAAAAAAUUUAUUAUGCUAACAUCGAGCCAGAAUGUACCUGUGUUCCUUAUUGAUCCUUUGAUUCUGGAAUUGAUUAAUAAAAACUUGGAACAAGUCAGAAACACUUCUCAUGGCUCCACUUCAGAAUGCAGCUUUUUCUGUGCUCCAAGAGACUUCACUGCCUUUGCACUGCAGGAUCACCUGUGGAAGAAUGAGGAAGGCUGGUUUCGGAUAGCUGAAAACAUGGGAUUUCAGUGCCUGAAGAUUGAGAGCAAAGACCCCCGGCUGGAUGGGAUAGACUCGCUUUCUGGAACUGAAAUCCCCCUGCACUACAUCUGCAAACUGGCCACACAUGCCAUCCACUUGGUGGUCUUUUACGAGAGGAGCGGCAACUACCUCUGGCAUGGUCAUCUACGCCUCAAAGGACACAUCGACAAGAAGUUUGUUCCUUUUCGAAAGUUACAGUUUGGUCGUUUUCCAGGAGCUUUUGACAGGCCAGAAUUACAGCAGAUUACUGUUGAUGGACUAGAAGUUCUCAUUCCAAAAGAUCCAGUGCACUUUCUAGAAGAAAUACCACACUCUAGGUUUAUUGAGUGUCGGUAUAAAGAAGCUCGAGCAUUCUUUCAGCAGUACCUUGAUGAUAGCACUGUGGAAGCCAUGACCUUUCGGAAGAGUGCAAAGGAAUUGUUGCAACUCGCAGCCAAAACAUUAAAGAAAUUGGGAGUCCGGUUCUGGCUGAGCAGCGGAACCUGUCUAGGAUGGUAUCGGCAGUGCAGUAUUAUUCCUUAUAGUAAAGAUGUCGACCUAGGAAUUUUUAUACAAGAUUACAGAUCUGAUAUUAUUUCAGCAUUUCAGGAUGCAGGACUUCCACUCAAACACAAAUUUGGGAAGGUAGAAGACAGCUUGGAACUAUCUUUCCAGGGAAAAGAUGAUGUAAAACUUGACAUUUUUUUCUUCUAUGAAGAGACUGACCAUAUGUGGAAUGGAGGCACUCAGGCCAAAACAGGGAAAAAAUUUAAAUACCUGUUUCCCAAGUUUACACUGUGCUGGACUGAGUUUGUAGACAUGAAGGUUCAUGUGCCCUGUGAAACCAUCGAGUACAUCGAAGCCAACUAUGCUGAACCCAGAAAUGAGUGAUUUGAGCAAGAAACAGCUGAGGCUCAAACCCGAGUACCAUGACUUCCAGCCCAGUGCCCACUGCACAGCGUCUCUACCCUGCUCAAGAUGCUUGAUGGAGAAGUCAUCCAGCAUCUCAGCUGGAUUGCAUUUCAGGGUGUGUCUGCAGUUCCCCACUUAACAUCUUUCUCUUUAGGCAGAGACCCCAAGGUGACAAAGAGGGCAAGAACAAGUAUUUCUUUCUUGUCCAAAAUUUUUAGGUUAUCUAUCUCUAUACCUUUAUUAAAACAUGCCUUAGCCUCAGAAGGUGAAAUAGUUCAUAUCUGAGUACAUCAGCCUCAGGCCAUGAUGCCCUUCACAUCCAGGUGUACCUGUUCUCUGAAGCUCAAGAAGUGUCCUAUUGCCACCCCUCUGUUCCCCAGGAAACCAUCAGCACCAGUCUGCUAAGUGCCCACUUCUAAAGCCUCUCCUCCUCCUCUCUGUUGCUAUUCUCUUAUGGAUACAAGUGAAUGAAAACAGAUUAUGCUCAUUCCUCUUACUCUUUGUGACCCCAAACCAUUGUUUCUAGUCUUAUAGGGCUACACAUGGCAGGGACAUCAGGUGUGGACAGCGAACUGAGGACAGUGAGGUGUUAUAGGAAAGCAGAGGUGUGUAGACGGGACCAGAGCAGCAUCUGGAAAACACACUGGGAAUGAAUUCCCACACCCCAGCCUGAACCUGCGCCCAAUAUCACACACUCAGGGCUGCACAUGUUCCUGAGCCUCCCCCUGUUUUCACCUUCUGGAAAAGGAACAGUUCUUUAUCCUCAGUGUUCUAAACCCCAGUAGAAAUUUCCUCUCAAAAGCUACUCAGAGAAAGUGCCACGCUCCCACCUUCUAACACAGAACCAUCAUUUGAGGCGGCUUUAGAGCGUGGAAAGACCAGCUUCUCACUUGGCAGAUGCCUUUCUCUGAGGAAUUUCCUGCAGCUUUUCAUUUUUCCCCUCCUCUUCCUCUGAAGCUAAGACCUGGGCUGUGUGUGAGGGUUUUUAAUAAGGCUUAAGUGAAAUACAUAGUGCUCAGCAUCAGGCCUGCAGUUAAGUAGUUCUCAGGAAAUGUCCGGUUUCUUCUUCCAAGUCCUUUUCUAAUUAUUCUUCAAAGGGGAUCAUAGAAACUGUGUGUCAGGACACAGUUCUUACUCAGAAGGUGGCAUGACUGAAUUCACUUAGGAAAAGACUUCUUUAUUGUAUCAAGGUAUUAAAGGACAAGUUGUAUGGUUUAUGAAUUCUUGUACUUUACUGAGUUGCCUCCUUCUCUAAAUAGAACUGGCAUUUUUAUUUUAUUGAUCAAGCUGUUGUCGCCCAGGUCGUCUUAUACGGUCUCCUAUGCUACCUAGUUCUUUGGUUCCAAGCAGUUAACAUUCUUUACCUCCCUAGAUUUGGUGCCUGCUCUGCCCUGGACUUUUCUUCUUUUCCCCAUUAUUCUACUUUUUCCUAGAGGUAAACCCUCACCUCCUCUGCCUAGCCAAAAUCAGAUAUAAGUCAUGAUUCGGAGAGGGAAA